AUGGGGUACUUGAAAGAAGUGCAAGGAAAAGGAGUUCAUGACCAUUUCAAUAACAACAAAAUUGUUGUUAUGUCGUCUUCAGGGAGUUGUGUAGGGGUUCCUGGGGCUGUAAUUGUUGGUGCUGGUCCAUCUGGGUUAGCCGCAGCUGCUUGUCUCAAACAAAGAGGUGUUCCAAGUCUGAUCAUUGAGAGGUCUAAUUGCAUAGCUCCAUUGUGGCAACUCAAGACAUAUGACAGACUCUGUCUCCAUCUCCCUAAACAGUUUUGUGAGCUCCCUCUAAUGCCAUUCCCAGCCAAUUUCCCAUCUUACCCUACCAAAGAACAGUUUGUGGCUUACUUGGAGGCUUACAAAACCCAAUUCGGUCUCGAACUGGUUUAUAAUCACACAGUGCUGAGCGCGGAAUUCGAUGAUCAAUGUAGGUUCUGGAGGAUCAAGACUAUAGGGAUGAAACAAGAGGAGGAGACUGAGUAUGUUUGUCGAUGGCUGAUCGUUGCGACCGGAGAGAAUGCUGAGGAGGUUGUGCCUCAAAUUGAAGGGAUGGAAGACUUUGUUGGUACUGUUUUACACACAAGUUCAUAUAAGAGUGGUGAGUUGUUUAGUGGGAAGAAUGUUUUGGUUGUAGGUUGUGGCAAUUCAGGCAUGGAGGUCUCUCUUGACCUAUGCAACUUCAAUGCUCAUCCUUCUAUUGUUGUUAGAGAUUCGGUGCAUGUUUUGCCUCAAGAGAUGCUAGGGAGAUCAACCUUUGGAUUAUCAAUGUGUUUGCUUAAAUGGCUUCCUAUUCGCCUCGUCGAUCAAUUCUUACUCCUAAUCUCGUGGUUUAUGCUUGGCGACACAGCUGAAUUAGGCCUCACUCGCCCGGAACUCGGUCCUCUUGAACUCAAGAAGGUGUCCGGCAAGACGCCAGUAUUAGACGUCGGUACUCUCUCCAAGAUCAGAAGUGGAAACAUUAAGGUUUUUCCUGGAAUAAAAAGAUUAAAAAGACAUUCUGUUGAGUUUGUGAAUGGAAAAGUUGAGAACUUUGACGCAAUCAUCCUUGCAACGGGUUACAGAAGCAAUGUGCCAACAUGGUUGAAGGAGAGUGGUAUGUUUUCAGAUAAAGAUGGAUUACCUCACAAGGCCUUCCCGGAAGGAUGGAAAGGAGAAAGUGGACUAUACGCAGUAGGGUUUACCAAGCAUGGCCUACUAGGCUCAUCGAUUGAUGCUACCAGGAUUGCACAAGACAUCGAGGUUCAGUGGAAAGGCGAGGCCACACAUUUCAUGUCCUUCCCUCAUGCACCGCCCACACAAUCAUUGCUUAAAAGUUGA